AUGGUCGAGGGAGUGUCCAAGGCACUGUGGAUUACUGUGGCCACCGUGUUUGCAGCAGCCGCGGCAGUCGCACCAGUGGCGCGUGGACAACAAGCGCCAUGUUACUUCGUGUUCGGAGACUCUGUCUUCGACAACGGUAACAACAAUGCCUUGAACACCAGUGCAAAGGUCAACUAUCUACCUUAUGGUAUAGAUUUCCCCCAAGGUCCAACCGGUCGGUUUAGCAACGGACGUAAUAUUCCAGACUUCAUCGCUGAACUAGCGGGUUUCGAUAAUUACAUUCCACCGUUCGCCGGAGCAUCACGGACACAAGCUAACAUCGGAAUCAACUAUGCUUCCGGUGGCGGUGGAAUCCGGGAAGAAACUAGCGAAAAUUUGGGUGAAAGAAUCAGUUUGAGGAAGCAAAUAAGCAACCACCAGUCGGCGAUUAGAAAGGCGGCGGUGCCAGAGAGUCAGCUCAGGCGAUGCCUAUACACAAUCAGCAUCGGAAGCAACGAUUACCUCAACAACUACUUCUUGCAACCUCCUACACCAGCUCGUCGUCUAUAUACUCCUGAUCACCUCGGUGGUGGCGUUGGCUGCGCAGAAGAAGUGAAUCAAGCGGUAGAUAUCUUCAACAAUAAACUCAAAGCCCUCGUCGCAGAUUUAAACAGCAAUCUCUCUGGGGUUAAGUUCACUUAUGUUGACCUCUUCUCUGGAAAUGCUCAAGAUUUCGCCGCUCUUGGGAUUACGGUUGGUGAUAGGAGUUGCUGUAUGGUUAAACCGGGUGAAGAACUUUGUGCGAAGGAUGGACCGGUUUGUCCUGACCGAACCAAAUACAUAUUUUGGGAUAACGUACAUACCACGGAGACGAUUAAUGGGGUGAUAGCUAGCUCAGCGUUCAACGGAGACAUAACUUCUCCGUUUAGUAUAUCUCAGUUUGUGAAUUAA